AUGGAAUCAACAAAAACCAACAUGAUUACUUCUACGGUAGAAAAACUAAAAGACGCUGAACAAGAUGUAGAUAGUACGACGCUAGAACCACAAACAGCGGCCUCUUCACCUUUCGAUUACAAAGAGGUAGUUGAAUUUGAUCCAUUAUCAGAUAAAAAAUCAGUUGAGUUAAAUAAUGAAAAGAAAGUGACAGAGGUAGAGCUAAAAGAAAUUAACGAGAAGCACGAAAAUAGAAUAAAACAAGAAAACAAAUCAAAUGGUUCCAUAUUUCAAAGAGAAAAUACAAACUUUGACUUCACUCGUUCUAUUGAAACUGAACUAAUAUCGUCGCAAGGAGGUAACAAUUCCACAAAUGAUAGUAUGAAUGAAAAACAGGUUUCCACUGCAAGCACAGUGGAGAAUGUUGUGAGAAAACAUAACUUGGCAAGAAAACCAUCCCCUCAACAGGAUGUACAGUUCGAUUUCGGAAAAUUUCUUCAACAGAUGACAAAUCCAAGCGCACAAACUAUUGCACGUUAUGUUAAAAAUUUUGAAAGGGAAUUUGAACGAAAACCUUGGACGGUCAAUGAUCAAAUAAGAAUCAUACAUGAUUUCUUAGAUUUCAUAUCCGUGAAAAUGCGUGAUUGCGAGUUAUGGCGUAAUGCAACUGAAGCAGAAUUUGAAAAUGCAAAAGAAGGGAUGGAAAAAUUGGUGAUGAAUAGAUUGUAUAAAUUAACUUUUUCACCGGCAAUUCGAGGUUCAGUAACAACUGACGAUAAAGAACGAGACGAAAUCUUGCAUAAAAAAAUUCAAAUAUUUAGAUGGGUAAAGGAAGAACAUUUGGAUAUACCAAGUGCUCCACAUAAUGAACAGUUUCUUGAAUUCGCAAAAAAUGGUUUAAUAAGACAUGUGGAUGGAGAGGAGGGUGCAGAUAAAUUUUUACCCAUCCUUAUUUUUGUUGUAUUAAGAGCCAACCCUGAACAUUUAGUAUCUAACGUUCA